AUGUACUUCCUGCGGCAGCUCAGGAAAGCCAAGCUGCCUGCACAGAUGUUGGUGCAGUUCUACACGGCCAUCAUAGAGUCCAUCCUCACCUCCUCCGUCACCGUGUGGUUCGCUGGAGCCACAGUCAGGGACAAACAGAGACUACAGCGCAUUGUGCGCUCUGCAGAGGAAGUGAUCGGCCGCAGCCUUCCAUCGCUGCAGAACCUGUACGUCGCCCGAGCUCGAGGCCGGGCUGGUCGUAUCACAGCCGACCCCUCUCACCCUGCACAUGGACUAUUCCAACCACUCCCCUCAGGCAGGAGGCUGCGGUCCAUCAGGACUAGAACCUCCCGCCACAAGAACAGUUUCUUCCCCUCUGCUGUUGGACUCUUGAACACUUCUUAA